GUCGCCGGGCUCCGUCGCCACAGCUGGUUCGCCUCCUCGGCAACAGAGGCCGCCGCCCAGCGGUCCUGCGGCUUUUCCUCCUGCCGCUGCGGGCUGUAGGCCAAGAUCAUGUCCCGAAAGCAGGUAGCGAGGAGUCGGCCGGGCAGCGGCAGCCGGAAAGCCGAGGUUGAGCGCAAGCGGGACGAGCGGGCGGCGCGCCGGGCCCUAGCCAAGGAGCGGCGGAACCGGCCGGAGCCCGGCGGCGGCGGCGGCUGCGAGGAGGAGUUCGUCAGCUUCGCUAACCAGCUGCAGGCCCUGGGGCUGAAGCUGCGGGAGGUGCCGGGGGACGGCAAUUGCCUGUUCAGAGCUCUUGGCGAUCAGCUGGAGGGACACUCGCGAAAUCAUCUCAAGCACAGACAGGAGACGGUGGACUACAUGAUAAAGCAGCGCGAAGAUUUUGAGCCCUUUGUAGAAGAUGACGUUCCUUUUGAGAAGCAUGUGGCCAGUUUGGCAAAGCCUGGUACUUUUGCUGGCAAUGAUGCAAUUGUAGCAUUUGCAAGAAAUCAUCAGUUGAAUGUGGUGAUUCAUCAGCUUAAUGCCCCUUUGUGGCAGAUUCGAGGGACGGACAAAAGUGGCGUGAGGGAGCUGCACAUCGCCUAUCGGUAUGGAGAGCACUAUGACAGCGUCCGCAGGAGCAAUGACAACUCCGAAGCCCCCGCGCACCUCCAGACUGACUUUCAGAUACUGCAUCAAAAUGAAUCAAGUAAAAGAGAAAAAAUCAAGACAAAGGGAAUUGACUCGGAAGAUGACCUGAGAGAUGAAGUAGAAGACGCUGUCCAGAAAGUCUGUAAUGCAACUGGAUGUUCAGAUUUUAACUUAAUAGUCCAGAACCUGGAAGCUGAAAAUUAUAAUAUUGAAUCUGCAAUAAUUGCAGUGCUUCGGGUGAACCAGGGCAAAAGAAAUGAUACAGAGGAGAGUCCUGAGCCCAGCGGCCAGGGGUUCAAGCAGUGUGACCCUUUGUGGGAGGAGAGCGGCACUGGCACCAGAAUCUUUGGAAAUCAGGUCUUCAGCGAAGGCAGGACAGUCAACAACAAGGCCCGGGCUGGCCCUGGUGAAGAAAACAAAGCGCAGAGCCAGCUCCCGAAGGUCACAAACAAGCACAGGAGGGAGCAGCAGCGGUUGGAGAAGAAGAAACGACAGGAGGAAAGGCAUCGUCUCAAGGCCCUGGAGAGCAGGAGUGGCCACAGGGACAAAACCAGGAGUGAAGCAGAUGUGAAUUCGCAGGUCACCUUGGUGAGGACCUUUGCUGCACUGAACAUCUGAGUCUGGCCUCCUGGGAGCUGAGAGUAGCCAAGGAAGGUGGAGCACGGCGAGCCAGGCUUUCCGGCGAGGCCAUCCUUUGGCAAGUUGAGACAUAACCAACGAAACCCACACAUAAAUUCACAUUGAGUUAGUUUCCUUCAAGCUGCCUCUUUUUUGUUCAGAGUUCUGUCAGUGCUGUGUUUUGUUUCAUCAAGGUCCAGUGAAGCCAAGCCUCCUCUGUGAUAGCAACUUAAGAUACUAAGUUGUAGGCAUCAGGAAAAGCCUUUCCAGUGUGGCUUUGCUUGCCCUAAAAAUUAGAGUUCGGUAACUCCAGAAUUUUCCCUUAACAUCUGGGGUGAGUUUUGUUGUAGUUGUUCAUGAAGUAGGUUAGAGUAAUUAUUAGAAAUUCAGAAUGUUAAAUUUUCUUAGCUUUUCUUUCAUUUUCAAAAGAUAUCAACGUAUAGGGUGGCUUACAUGUGAUUUUCAUCUCAGGAAAAUAUUCAGAUUUAAUUUCAUUCUUGUCGUUGUUACAUUAAGUCAGAUAGUGCUUUCCCAAAGUAAUACAAUAAAACGGGUGGCCUGCAGCUGUCUGGGUAGAAAUUUUGCAGCUGUGUUUCUCUCCUUUCUGACUGAGGUCAUUUCAGAUGAUUUUACUCAAACUGAAGCCAUAAGCUGAGUGCUCCUGACUGUCAGGGAGGCCUGGACUUUGCUAAGAAGUUGACAGUGCUAUCGGGUAUUUGCUGUUGGUAGGAAAAUGGCCGGUACUGCUUGUGAGGGACUCUGGGAUUCUAAUUCCGAUUAUGAGUGGAGGGGGAAGUCAGGACUCCUGGGUUUCUGCCCAGCAAGAGCCUAAAAUUUAUUUGCUUCAUAGGAGGGGAAGUCUGGAAGGACAGCUAAGUAACUGUAUGUGCUUCCCAGCUCUUCCAGACAUAGAAAAAUGGCUUCAGAGAAAUACCAGGUACUUGACCUUUUAGGUCACUGCAUUGUCUUAGUGUUGUAGAAAUGAAGUCCCAUAAAAGGUGGCAUUUAUUUAUUUUUACCUAAGUCCUGUUGGGGAUUUUGAUGUCAGGAAAACUUUACCUUUCCUGACGCUGGCAGUAGCUUAGGUUGUGCCAGAAAGGGUGUUUCUCUUGGCUAAGGCCUGUGCUGAAAUAGAGUGAAGCAGCAGACAGAUCAUUAGCCUAAAACCGAGCUGCGUGGAUGCAAACUUUCAGAUUGUCAUGGAUGACGUGGCCAGUCUAGACACAGGCCUUGGCCUUCUGGGAACUGAGUUAUUUGGACAAAUAAUGUAUCCUGACUCAAAGGUAAAUUACUUGUUGUCUCCUUCCUCCCUACAUUUCAGAGCUGUAAGACGCUGAGGAUGAAGGGAAAGCUGAAAAUCUGAUGUAUGUAGGCUGUGUCACUGUGUGAGCAGGCUCUGGAGCUGUCAUAUUGUUGCCAUCAGUGGGCUGUUUGCUUUCUUCAGUUUUAAUGACAUCUUUAAAAUUUUUGUUGUACUUUGUGACUCCCUGUGGUUGGAGCUGGGAAUUGCUCCCAGGGCGCUGCGGUGUGGGCUUCUUCCGGGCUCAGUGCACACAGCGUUUCAUAGUUGUGGAAAGCACAUGACACUUCUUCUCUGCACACCUGAGUCCUAACUUGGAGACUCUAGGACUUGGUCUGGACCGGGAAGGCGCUGUGCUGCCUUCCUCUAAGGGGCGGAGUCAGUGAGAGAGGGCGGGUCUCCUCCCUUCUCGGCUGGGCAGGUAGGUUCCUGCUGGCUGAGCUUUGCUUUGCAGUGCUUACAUGCGGAAGACCAGCUCCUCUCAGAUCGACCUUGGUGCACCAGAAGCUCAGAACUGAGAGUUAGAAGUAGUGGACGGGAGACCCACCGUCAGCAGUCGUAGAAAUGGCUUUAUUAACUUGGUCAAUGAAGUGGCCUUGGGACUCAUUGGGUUUUAGAAGUUACUAAAGGAUAUUGGUAACAUUUAUUUAUGAAUUACUUAAUUCUGAUAAUGGCUUCAGCAUUUCUUGGGUACAAUAACAGUGGUUUUAAAAACAAAUCCAAUAACUUUAGUAAUUUUCUUUUAUUACCAUCUCACAGCUUUCCAGUAGCAUUUGGCUUGUGUUUAGUGUGUUAAUAUCAGAAUGGGGCACAAGCACAGCUCCCCUGUACCUUCUCACUCAGGGCCUGCAUUUAGGCUUCACACUGCCACAGUCACACUGAAUGAGAGGUAGAUGGAGGCUUGGUUGUCAUGGCGGCCAUUGUGGUUCCUGCCUUGGCAGCCAUGGCAGAGGCCCAGUGGGUUUGGUCCUGGGUGGUGGCUGUUAGUAGCUGUUAGCGUGGCACAGUCACUUGUGGGCAUCUCUGCGGGAAUUGACUCCCACAACUGCCAGGCUCACGCUUGAAAGAGUUCAUCGUCUAUGAGAUUGUAGUCAAGCCGGCAGGGAGGAGGAGGAUGCAGCGGUGGUUUAGAGCUGCUCACUGGCCUUAUCAGCUCUGUAUAAAGAUUUUAUGGAUUAUAAGAUUCUUUUUAAAGAUCAAAAUAAGAAAAAAAUGUUAAAAUGUUAGUGGCAAUGGCAUUGAACUAGAGGUAGAUUUAUUAAAGCAAUGUAGGAGAUACUAGGAAGAGAAUGUAUAUGUAUAUUUAAUUUUCAGUGAUACACAUACACUUUCAGGAAGAAAAUCUGCUUGAGGAGUUGCAGCAGGAGAAUUCUCAAUGUAAGAUGAAGUUAUCGAUCGUUUCUUUUGUAAGCUCUGGAAACACUUUGGAGCCGGUUCUGACUGUGAGGGCUGGAAAGAGGGCUCUGCCCGUGGGGCUGCUGGAGCCCUGGCCCUGCCCUUCCUCCUGGGGGAUUCGCUCGGUAUGGUGCGUGGCGGUGGGGCUGAGGAGGCGGCCCUGUGCGUGCGGCUGAGGAGAGCAUUGCUCCCACGUUACGCGCGCAGGUCAGAUGGACUGUGGAAGACCUGAGGCCCUGUGUUCCACGUGCGGUUUCUCUUACUCUGGGAAGCUGGAGUCGGCCUGGGUCUUACUGGGUUGACGUGAAUGCCCUCAGUUUAGCUCUGUACAGUGUUCUGCUCAAACUUUUGAGUUCAACCCAGUCAGAGGACACUUGAAACCCUAGUCAGAAGUGACAGAAUUCUCAUCUGGCUCGGACGUCUUUGUGGGAAGGAAGAGAACAGGGCUUGACUGUGUUAGCUCUGUGGCCCUCCUGACUCCCACGUUAGGAAGAUGUGUAGCUUUUUACCUCCGUACCUCAGUGUGCUCGUUCUGGGCAGCACACCCGGAGCUCAGGGUCUGACACAGGAUCUGUGUUGUUUGUCGUUCUCGUUAGUCCAGGUUUUACUCAUGUUCUCUCAGAGGCAGGGUUGCUCUACUCUUUGCCUUCCCGCAGUUCUCUGGGCUCGCUAAUGGCACUUAUUUUUCAAGGUAUGUGUCCCUGAUUCUAAAGAAAGUUGUGCUUUCUGCUGUUAUUCUUGAGUUGAAGAUCUAAGUGCAUAUUUAAGUUAUAGCAAAUCUGAUAUUACACACUAGGAAGAGGGAAAUUGAGCAUUUCUAGUAAUGGACAACAGGCUGGGUCGCUGUUGCAAGUGUGAGUCCGGUGUGUAACUGCUGCAGCUCUGCGGCCGAGCACAGGAAAGGCCCGCGCCUCAUGGACGGGUAGGCCCUCCUGCCUCCCAGGUAAAAUUCCUUCUCAGAACCUCAGGCUCUGAACAGUUUCUUCCAAGCAGUUCUUUCUAGAGUUCUUCUGUUUCACUGUCCUCAUAAGGACUACUUUGUAGCUCGAUUCACAUAUUGAGUGCCCUUGUGGAGUUAGCUGAAGGGGCUGGCUCAGCACAGGAUAACUCCCUUGAAAAGCACUUACUUUUGCGCAGUGCAUUGAAGCAGGGUGUACUGAGGAUUUGGUGUCUCUUCUCACUGUGUGGGGCCUCGUGGAAGGCCCAGACUGCUGGAGGAAACCUCUGGGGUCUGGCUCCUGUCCUUUGCCUGCCAGCAUCUGGCGGGUCCCUGCUGCCAGCCGUCUGUGACAAUCAUUCAGGCUCGCUCACAGACCUCUGCCUGGGCCAUGGUCCCAGGAAAGCCCCUCAGCUGAACCUGAGCCACGCUGCUGUGAGUCUCCCCACAUCUUCCCACCUCUGGGGUUCAGUUUCCAUGGCAGCUGCCCCCAGCAUCCCUCACCAGCAUUGAGCACGGAGGCGGAGGCAGAGGCGGGGAGAAGAGAGCCAGCAGUGAGGCGUGGCGCCUGUGUGCCUCUCUCCUGGGGU